AUGCGGUCAAUCUUUCCUCAAGGAUCUCGUUCCCGCCACCCGAUCUCGUUCCAUCGAAUAUUAAUAUCCUUUAUUGCGAAGAUCGUAAAGCCGGGCAGACAAAGUCAGGGUUCAACCAUGAAUGUAGAUGAGGAGAUUGAAAAGCUCAAGGAGGAAAUUACAAAGCUGGGGGAGAAGCAGGCUGAUGGAUCCGUCAAGGUGAAGUUUGGCAAGCUUUUUGACGAAACAGGAGACAUAUUUGAGGCGCUUGGAGGAACGCUACGUGCUGCGAAGAAAAGGAAAAUGAUAUCUUUUGCUGCAGAGAUGCUGCUGCAAGGCCGAGACAACAAUGUAGACAUCAUACUUUUACCACAAUAA